AUGAUCGUGGAUGGCCUGUCCUGGUGGCAGUCAUGGAUUUGUGUCUGGGUCGGUUACACACUUGCUGCAAUAUUUGUAUGCGCCAUGGGCCGCAUUGGUGCUAUUUAUCGCAUACCUUUUGCUGUGACCAACCGCGCCUCAUUUGGAAUCUGGGGGUCAUUUUGGCCCAUUAUAAACCGUGCUGCAAUGGCGGUGAUUUGGUAUGGUGUUCAAGUGAGUCGUACUGAUCGUUUUAUGAACGAACGCCAAUGUGUGAGCUUGAUGAUCGAAUCGAUCUGGCCUAGCUACAACGACUUGCCCAACACGAUCCCGGAAGGAGCCGGUGUCACCACUAAGCAAUUCACCAGUUUCUUCCUGUUCUGGUUAAUAUCCCUGCCUGCUCUCUGGUUUCCCAUUUACAAGAUACGGCAUUUGUUUACAGUCAAAGCCUACUUUUCCCCCGCAUGCGCUGUUGCUUUCUUCGGCUGGGCCAUUGCUCGGGCUCAUGGGUUAGGCCCUAUCAUCACUCAGCCCAACACUGCCCAUGGUAGCGCUUUUGGCUGGGCUAUUGUGAAGAGCAUCAUGAAUUGCAUUGCAAAUUUCGCAGCCUUGGUUAUCAACAACCCCGACUUUGCGAGAUAUGCGCGCAAACCGAAGGAUGCACUAUGGGCGCAGUUGAUCACGAUCCCAAUGGGAUUCGCUGUCACGUCAUUUAUUGGCAUUAUAGUGUCCUCCUCCUCAAGCGUCAUCUUCGAUAAACCAGUAUGGAACCCCCUCACUCUUUUGGGGAUGUUCCUACAGGGUGCCAGCUCAGCGGAACGGUUUGGCAUUUUUGUCAUCUCGAGCGGUUUCGCGCUGGCUCAACUUGGAACGAACAUUGCUGCAAAUUCAGUGUCAGCCGGGACAAACCUGACUGCGUUACUUCCACGGUUCUGUACAAUCCGACGUGGUGGCUAUAUUUGUGCAGCGAUUGGCCUCGCCAUGUGUCCGUGGACACUUGUUUCUUCGUCCAGCAAGUUCACCCUCUACCUCUCUGCAUACUCGGUGUUUCUUUCCUCCAUUGCAGGUGUGAUGGUCAGCGACUACUAUUUAGUUCGCAAGGGCUACCUCAAUAUCGAAGAGCUUUACAGUGCUCGAAAAGACGGUCCGUACUAUAGCACCUGCGGUGUCUCUUGGCACGGGUAUGCAGCCUACCUCUGCGGCAUUUUGAUCAACAUUGUUGGAUUUGCCGGCGCUGUGGGGGUCGACGUCCCAAUCGGUGCACAGUAUAUCUACGAAGUCAACUACUUCUCUGGUUUCAUUGUGUCCGGGGCCGUUUACUGGGUCUUAACACGGGCUGUUCCUAUCCCCGCCACGAGCGCCACCUGGAACGAAAUCCCCUAUGAAAUGAAUCACAUGGCUCCCGAUGACGGCAAGAAAGUAGAGGAAGUGGAGAGAGUGGAGGAAGCGUGA